UAUAUUACGUGGCAUACUUGACCUUACGAGAAAUGAGAUCAGCUAUUUUAACAGGGCUUUGUUACAAGAAUAAGGAUAUAUUGCACAAAAUGUGGUCGCUCUUAGAAGUUUUAGGACCAACUCAUGGAUUAAAAACUUUUUUAGAUAAAUUACCAUCUAACAUGGAUAAUUUUUCCAUUGAAUUGCAGACUUUAAUUCUUUUUUGUGAUUGUAUGGCACAUUUCAUAACCAUUUUAGAUGAUGUAGAAAUGUAUGAAAAACAAGAUCCAUUUAAACUGUCUGAGUAUGUAGAUAUGUCAUACUUUUUAAAUUAUUUUCUUUACAAAUCCAUAACAAACAACCUUAUAGAUUUGGAAAAAGGAAGAAAUUCUACAAAAGUUCUCUUAUCUAAGAUGCCUCAUAUUUUACCCCAUUCUGAAAGAGUGCUACUUUUUCGGAAAUACGUGAUGGAGGAUAAAGCGACCUUGAAAUUCUCUGCUAUUGGAUCAACUUUAAUAUCAGUGCACAGAUCAAAAAUAGUUGACGAUGGAUACAGACAAUUAUCGAUUUUAUCGCCCGAAGAGCUGAAAAGUGUUAUAAGAGUGCGUUUUAUAAAUGAACAAGGCUUAGAUGAAGCUGGUAUCGAUCAAGAUGGUGUAUUUAAAGAGUUUUUGGAAGAAACUAUCAAACAAAUUUUUAAUCCAUCCCUUAAUUUGUUCAAGGUUACUUGCGAAAAUAGACUAUAUCCAUCAUCUUCUUCGUUUCUACAAGAUAAUCAUUUGUUGUUGUUUGAGUUCAUAGGACGUCUCCUUGGGAAAGCAGUUUAUGAAGGAAUUGUAGUUGAUAUCCCCUUUGCAUCAUUUUUUGUCUCUCAAUUUUGUGGCCUAUCAGUUGGAGCUUUAUACAGUCAUCUUGAUGAAUUAGCAUCACUUGAUAAUGAUCUUUAUCGGAGUUUAACAUUACUGAAGCAUUAUGAAGGAGAUAUAACUGAUUUAGAACUAACUUUUUCUUUUGAAGAAAAUGUCAUGGGAAAAUUAGUUAAUCAUGAACUGAGACCCGGUGGUAGGGUAGUUACAGUUACGAAUGACAACAAGAUACAUUAUAUACAUUUGAUCGCUCAAUUUCGCAUGUACAUGCAGAUUAAAGAUCAAAUUGCAGCAUUUACUAAGGGAUUUAGGUCAAUUAUAAAACCUAACUGGCUCUCUUUAUUUUCUUCUCCCGAGUGGCAAAGGCUGAUUUCAGGAGAUAAUGUUCCCUUAGACUUACGAGAUUUACGAAAACAUACUCAAUACUAUGGAGGAUUCCAUGACAAACAUCGAGUUAUUUGUUGGCUUUGGGAUAUUCUAGACAAAGAUUUUUCUGAAAAAGAAAAAGGGCUUUUCUUAAAAUUUGUUACGAGUUGUUCUAAGUCUCCACUUCUGGGUUUUGCUUAUUUAGAGCCACCGUUUUCUAUAAGGUGUAUAGAAGUUGCUGAUGACGAAGAUACAGGAGAUACUAUUGCUGUUUCUCCUUGGCUAAUACGAUAAUAACAUAAGGAGUAUAACAAUGGAG